AAAGAGGCCAGGGCAGGCGGAGGGAAGUUGUGGAGUGAUCACAGAGCAGAGCGCAAAGCGCUGCUCACAGCGCCAGACAGCAGCACCGGACACCCACCGACGGGCGCUGCCCGAGCGAGCCGGGGCCGGAGGCGCGCUCUGAGCUCUCAGAUCCGACCCGGGCGGCGUCUCGGGCGCCACACCGACCAGUCCCCGUCCGCGGCACGGUCCCGGUGUCUCUGUUCCUGGGCUGCACCCCUCUGGCCAGCAUGAGGCUCCUGGCUGCCGCGCUGUUCCUGCUGCUCCUGGCCCUGUGCGCCGCGCGCGUGGAGGGGUCCAAAUGCAAGUGCUCUCGGAAGGGCCCUAAGAUCCGCUACAGUGACGUGAAGAAGCUAGAAAUGAAGCCAAAGUACCCGCACUGCGAGGAGAAGAUGGUUAUCAUCACCACCAAGAGUAUGUCCAGGUACCGUGGCCAGGAACACUGCCUGCACCCCAAGCUGCAGAGUACCAAGCGCUUCAUCAAGUGGUACAAUGCCUGGAACGAGAAGCGCAGGGUCUACGAAGAAUAGGGUGAAAAAUCUCUGACAGGAAACUCCAGACCAGUUGCAAGACUUGAGCAAAGGACUUUGCUGGUUAAAUAAAAAAACCUUUCUUUCUCACAGGCAUAAGACACAAAUUAUAUAUUGUUAUGAAGCACUUUUUACCCAGGGUCAGUUUUUACAUUUUAUAGCUGUGUGCGAAAGGCUUCCAGAUGUGAGACCCAGCUCUCCUGCGCUCCAGACAUCAACACAGGCGGCUUUUUUGCUGAAAUGGGGGGAAACUCAUGCCUUUCCUUUUUAAAAAAUGCUUUUUUGUAUUUGUCCAUACAUCGCUACACAUCUGAGCUUUAUAAGCGCCCGGGAGGAACAAUGAGCUUGGUUGAGACAUUUCAUUGUAGUGCUGCUCCAGCCCUAGCUGGGGAAGCUUCCGCCCAGAGGGCCUGGCGCCUUCUGCACAGCUGCCAGGCUCUCCUGGGCUUAGGUCCAUCACAGCCGCAGUGUGACUGACUCCGCAGUGGCCCCUGUCGCCGGGCAAGCGGGAGCAGGUCUCUCUGCAUCUGUGCUUAGAGGAACUCAAUUUAGUUGCCAGAGAAAUGUGCUUCAUCCCUCCAGUUCAUUUUUUUCAGUCUAGGAAACAUUUCCAAGAUCCUGUGGGGGCAAGGCAAGUGACCCUUAAAGGAGGUGUUGGAUCUUUUUUCCAACCUGAGGGUUUCUGACAGGUUUGCUGCUUCACUUUGUAAUGCUUCAGAAGCACGUGAAGUUCCUACCAUUGUUAGCGAAAACCUUAACAAACAUUUUUUUUUUUUGGUACCAGGGAUCGAACUCAGGUUCUUGAGCUUGAGCAGCAGACGGCGAAACCACUGAGCUAAAUCCCCGGCCCUUUAACAAACAUUUUACAAUAUGUGCACAACACGCAACCAGAGACACACAAUCUAUUGACAAGGGAAAACCUUCGAAGUGUGUUUCUCUCCCUCCACACAGUGGAACUUGCAGAACUAAAGCAGCAGUACAUUAGUGGCUCCCCAUGCAGCUCACCAGGACCAGUAUGUCCUGGUUUGGAAGCUGGGAUGCCCGAGCACCUUUUCCUUUGUACAUAUCUUCUGCAGAGUGCCCCCCAUAGGCUGCCCUUCAGUAGAGGCCACACCAUCCUGCUGUGUUAUAUGCUAUGUAAAUGUCAGAGAUCAUUAGCGUUGCAUGCAGCUUUCAUACUCUUUCUAAGACGAAAAGAAAAGUAAUAAAAUAUAUUUGAAAUGUACCAACA